AUGCUCAAUCUGCAACGCUCGGACUCAUCAGCAGAGUCGAGAAAGUACUCAUUCGAGGAGGAGGCGAUCUAUUCGCAUUCACCGGGGGCGCGACAAGACCGUCGACGGGUGACCUACACGUAUGAGAAUAACCAGCUGCUGGAGGACGGUCAGCCUGUGAAAGCCACCAUCCACUGCUCUGAGAUGACCCCCGAAAUGGAGGCCUGGGCAGUGGACUGCGCUGCCAUUGCCCUGAUCAACCGCGCCUCUAUCAAACAGGCCGCUGCUUACAUCAAGAAGGAGUUCGAUAAGAAAUUCGGACCCUCCUGGCAGUGUGUCGUUGGAUCUAACUAUGGGAGCUACGUGUCUCACUUCGAAGGUUCCUUCAUCUACUUCCUUCUCAAGAAUUUCACGGUGCUACUCUACCAAAUAUGA